UUGGGGGAGCGGUCCGAUCGCCUGCGCCGGGCCUUCAGGCUGUUCGGCGGGCCGGAGUUGCUGGAGUUUGGCUGCUGAGACUGAGGGGACUUCGGCGGGUGGCGGGGUGCUGAUGACUUGUCUGUUUCGAUAGGAUUGUGGAAAAAAAAUCAGCCGGAGAAAACACUGAGUGCUGUCUGUGUUAUCGACAGGUAUUUAGUACAAGGGCUUCAGUGAAGAGGAUCAUUGGAGUAUCGGCAGGGAUGGAGUUCAAAGUUAGCGGGCUGUAAUGACGGCUCGUCACCUGCAGAAAUCUCUUCUGAACAUGAAUCAGAGUAGUGAGUCCUUGAUAGUGGAAACUGGGCCUCUGAGCAAGUCUCCACCACUCAGCACCCAUGGUCAGCCAAGCUUUAGACUGCAGCCUGAGAGAAUGUGCUCUCCAGCAAAUUCCAUGAUCAGGAGGCAGACUCCAAGCCCGCAGCUGGCACUCUGCCUGGAUAAUGACUGGGAGAGCCAAGAGGAGCUGCGGCUGCGAGAGCUGGAAGAGGCUCGAGCCCGGGCAGCUCAGAUGGAGAAGACGAUGCGCUGGUGGUCAGACUGUACUGCAAACUGGCGUGAAAAGUGGAGCAAGGUACGAGCAGAGAGAAAUAAGUCCAGGGAAGAGGUGAGACUGCUGAGACAGAAGCUGGAGGCGGUCAACAAAGAGUUAACAGCAGUGAAACGUGAAAAGCAGGAGCUGUUCAACGAGAAUGAGCAGCUGAGGUUGGAGACUGUGCGCAUAAAGAAUAGUCAGCACAAUGAAGAGACGGUGGAUAAUAAACUGGUUUCUUCAAAGGAGAGCGUAAUCUCCAAUAUUGCAGAGCAGGAACCAGUGCGAGAUGUUGGAACAGAGAAAACUUUUAAAAACAAGGACUUGGAGUUCAUGGAAGCAAUUCUGAAAAGUGAGCAGGAAGGCUGGGAAGUGUGGGACAAGCACACUGCACAAAGUGUGAGGACUUCGCUCAACCGCCAGGAGAGGAGCCGCAUCCUGUGGGAAGAAGUGUCUGUACUGGAAGAGGAUACAUCGAAGGUCACUGUGUUGCAAUUGCGUUUGGAUGAAUCUCAGAAAACUCUGCAGAAAGAGAGGGAAGACAAGAAUGCACUCAGUAAGCACAUAGAGAAUUUGGAGACUGAUAUCUCCCAAUGGAAAAUCAAGUAUGAAGAGCUCAACAAAUCCAAGAAGGAGGUACUACAACAGCUGAACAUCUUAAAGGAAGUGCAUCAGGAUGAGUUGGGUCGGAUUUCGGAAGACUUGGAAGAUGAGUUGGGAGCUCGGACAAGCAUGGACAAAAAACUAGCAGAAUUGAGAGCUGAGAUGGAGAGACUACAAGCAGAGAACACAUCCGAGUGGGGUAAGAGGGAGCGGUUGGAGACUGAGAAGCUGAGUCUUGAAAGAGAGAACAAAAAACAGAAGGCACAAAUUGAGGACUUGAUGGAAGUGCUGACGAAGAAGAGGAAGCAAGCUGCAAGUGCCCUGGAUGCAGACCUGAAAACGAUUCAGAGUGAGCUUUUUGAGAAAAAUAAGGAGUUGUCAGAUCUUAGGCAUGUUCAUGCCAAACUAAAGAAACAGUAUCAGGAAAAGAUGACGGAAUUGGCCCAUGCAAACAGAAGAGUGGAACAGCAUGAAGUGGAAGUGAAGAAACUGCGUCUGCGAGUGGAGGAAUUAAAGAAAGAGCUAGCAGUAGCGGAGGAUGAGCUGGAUGAAGCUCACAACCAAACCAGGAGGUUACAGAGGUCCUUGGAUGAACAGACAGAGGAGUCCGAGAACCUUCAGGUACAGCUGGAGCACCUACAAUCCAGGUUACGGAGACAGCAGACCGUCUUUGGGAAAAGGAGCUCUUGUUUUGGCCCAGAUGAGCCCAGUGAGACCGGCAGUGACUUUGAUGAUGACCCUGAGCUAUUGCAGUUACAGAUUCCUUAAGCAGCAGUGGCAAAGUUGGUGUACAGGAGGGAGCGUCACUGUACUGUCAUUCUUGCAAGUCACAGGCCAAGACUGGCAUCAGGAUCUGGCACGGCUGUCUGUUACCUGGCUGAACAUCCUGGAACGUAGCAUUGGAGAAACUUCCCUUUGUAUAAGCAUAACUGUCACCUACUUCUAUAAUGGACUUUGUAUUCUUUCCAAGAUAUUUAUACAAACAACUGCCCACUGUAAACUAUAUUUACAGUACAUGAAUUUUCUAUUAUAAACCUGAUUACUGAGGGAAUGAGGGGGAAUAUUUAUGUGAUUCCUUUCACUGUUUCAGCUGCAUAAUGAGCUGUAAUUGUACCUCCAGCUCUGAAUCCUGUGAGAUCAACAGAUUAACGGCUGACCACCAGUCUUCUCAGUCACUGAAAUGCUGAGAAUGUGAUCAUAGGUAAGUUCUGUUCCAGAAUUCAGUUCCUUAAAGAGGAGUGGGUACAUGUUCAACGGCAACAUUAAGUAGAGAGUUCAAUAACUACCAUAGAUGGUGAGAAAAAUCAACAGGAUAAAUGCCCAGGUCUCAAUGAAAUAUAUUCCAACCCUGUUAAAGGAAACAAUGCUUAUUAUGGCAGUGAAACUAGUGCUCUCUUUAAGACGGUACCCUUCAGAGAGCCUCUUGUGGAAUGUAAUCAAUUGGAGUGGUGCCUGAGGACCUGAUCCAUCAUCUGCACAACUGGUCAAUUGGACAUCUGUAUUGGAAGGGAAACUGUGAGGGCUCUGUGAAAGUUGGGACCCAUAGAAUCAUCCCAGUCAGAGUGGGGUUUUGUGGAACCCGAUCACAGUUGAAGUGGGGUCCAUACAAUCAGACCCCAAUGAGUGUGCAGUUCUGUGGAACCGAAUCCCGAUCUAUGAGAGUACCAGGUCCUGUGGAACACAUCCCAGGCAUAGCUAGGUGGUGUGCAACAGGGUCCUGGGGAAAGCAGGGACCUGUGCAACAAAUCCCGGGCAGAGCAGGGUUCUGUGGAACAAGAUCCCAGGGAGAGUAGAGAUCCAUGCAACAAGAUCGCGGGGAGAGCAGGGUCCUGUGCAACAAAUCCGGGGGAGAGAGGGGUCCUGUGGAACACAUCCCAGGCAGAGCCGGGACCUGUGGAACACGAUCCCGGGGAGAGCAGAUUCCUGUGGAACAUGAUCCCAGAGAGAGCAGGGACCUGUGCAACACGAUCCCGGGGAGAGCAGAUUCCUGUGCAACACGAUCCCAGAGAGAGCAGGUUCCUGUGGAACAUCAAGCAACACACAUCAAAGUUGCUGGUGAACACAGCAGGUCAGGCAGCAUCUCUAGGAAGAGGUACAGUCGACGUUUCAGGCCAAGACCCUUCGU